UUCGUGUUCGUUUCACCAGCUUUUCCCGCUCUAAAGCACCGAUGUCGCCAGCGUGGCUCGCUCUGCUCCUGGUUCUCUGGGCUCCACACGACGCCUGUGGGGCCAAUGAAAAAAAAGUGGUGUGCUACUUAGGUAGCUGGGCUGCCUACAGAAAUGGAAAUGGACAGUUCGAAAUAGAAUACAUCCAACCGGAACUGUGCACGCACCUGGUGUACAGUUUUGUUGGAAUAACUUCUGCAGGAGAGGUCAAAAUUCUUGAUCCGUGGAUGGAUCUUCCAAGCGGAAAAAACGGGUAUAAUCGAUUCAAUAGCUUGAAAUCAGCGAACACCAAAACUCUUAUUGCUAUCGGUGGCUGGAACGAAGGAUCAACGACUUUCUCGGCUGUUGCGAACGACCCCACACUGAGAGCGAGGUUCGCGCAGAAUGCAGCAGCUUUUGUGGGCAAAUACGGCUUUGACGGACUCGACGUGGACUGGGAAUACCCGGCGAAUCGUGGCGGAGCUGCCUCCGACCUGGUGGCGUUUGUUGAGCUGCUGAAGGCGCUGAGGACGGAGUUUGACAAGUACGGCUACAUACUGAGCGCCGCCGUCGGAGCAGCCCGCAACCUCAUCGGGACUGGAUACGACGUGCCGCAGCUGUCCAAGUAUCUCGACUUCAUCAACUUGAUGGCAUAUGACUUCCACGGUUCCUGGGAUCAGAAGACCGGUCAGAAUGCCCCUCUGUACGCCAGCUCAGCCGACACGACCGAAGCCGAACGUCAGCUCAAUGUGGACGCCAUCGUUCGCUACUGGAUACAGAAUGGUGCCGAUCCUUCUAAGCUCAUACUGGGAAUGGGGACCUACGGGCGGACGUUCACUCUGAGCAGUGCUGCCAACAGUGGCGUCGGCGCUCCUGCCAGUGGUCCUGGAAACGGUGGGCCGUACACCUACCAACCUGGCAUGCUGGGAUACAACGAGAUAUGUGAGAAAAUCAUGGCAGGAGGCUGGACGGUAACGUGGGACGACCAGCAGAAGGUUCCAUACGCGGUGAGCGGCAACCAGUGGGUCGGCUACGAUAAUGAAGAAUCCAUCAGAAUAAAGUCGCAGUACGCCCUCGCGAUGAACCUGGGCGGCGCCAUGAUCUGGAGCCUGGAGACAGACGACUUCAGAGGUGUGUGCGGCGCCGGCAAGUACCCUCUGCUCAGCACCAUCAGCGGCGCGCUGCGAGGAGUCACAUCACACAACAGCACUGCUGCCACGGUUUGGAACAGACCGACCGCUAGCAGCAGUGGCGGCAGCAACAGCUGGGGCUCCAGCAGUACUCCUGGAACAAGCGGCUCCGGCAGCCUGCCUGGAAGCAACGUGACGGCGGCGCCGCUGUGCAGGGCGCCGGGCUACGUGAGGGACCCGCACGACUGCGGCGUCUUCUACUACUGCUCCGCCUCGUUCGGCGCCUACGCCGCCAGCAGGUUCCAGUGUCCCGCCGGACUCGCCUUCGAUCCCCGCACGUCGAUCUGCAACUACAGAAACCUCGUCUCCUGCUGACGAGCUCUUCGGUUUUCCGUGACUGUAUCGCAACACGCAGUCUGAACGACGGAACGACAACGUGGAAAAAUUGACCAUCAAAAACAGAAACCAAUUAUUUAUUUCAUUAUGAAAACUAUAUGUGGGAUAGUUCACUGGGAUAGAUCGAGUUUCUUUAUUAUUGUUAAGAUAAUUAAAUAAAUACGAUUGUUAAAGUGAGUACCUACAGUGAGAAUUGUGAAUAUAGAUAGAUCGUAGUCACGGCUAUGCAGAUCAGAAGUGAUUUUCUGAUGAUAUCAGAAAAUUGCGAACUUGUGGUCUAAUGAUCGCAGGAAAUACAUCAGUACCAAUGGCAAUCUGUUAUUUUCGAUUCCUAUAGAAUAACACUUUUCCUGUUACAUGAAGUGUGUUUCUUCCACUUUCAAAACAAACAUAAAAACGUAGAAAUGCUAAUUGUGUGAAUAUGUCAUCCGUUAUUUGGAGUACGCCUAUGGAACAUACAUUCAUUAGCAAAUAUAGCUAAGUAGUUACACAGUGUCUCUGAUUUUGGCUAUUAAAAUGUUUAUGUAGUUAUGUAUUAUGAUUAAGAUGUCAUUUUCCUACAAUUUUAACUCGUAUCUUUGUUUUAAAAUUGUAGUAAUAGAUGCAAAAAGGAAAUGACCUUUCAUACACUUCUAAU